UUACAUCGGAUACAAUAAAUAUCAAAAUUCUAAUUCUGGUUCACUUUAUUAAUAAAAUUGACAAAAUUGUCACUAUAAAUCCCAGCAGGCGUUUCCAUUGGUUCCGUAGUAUAAUUGUAUGCUGGUUUCAGUCUUUGGGAAGGGGGGUGGGGAGGUUUAUAGGUUUUACAGUGACUUCUUGUUUGUGUCGGGGAAUUAACAGCAAAAAAACAAUCCCUGUCUCUGUUGCUAGGGUUACUUGUUUUAUCAAUCCCCCUUACAGCGGCGAGUAUAAACAAUACACCGAUGACACUGUGCGAACCGCCGUCCAAUCAGCUAGUAGCUCUGAUCGUAAGACCCGUAAGACCACUUCCGAAAGGAAGGGUAACAGUGAGAACAGUGAGCCAGUGAGGAUGGUGAGGGCCGUGAGGACCGUGAUAGCCCAUGUUUUAUUAAGCGAGCGUUAUUACAUUUCUAUAAACUCGAGGUGUUAUAUAUGUUGAGAAGUGGUCAGCGAAAGCAGAGAGCAGCUUCUGUAACCACAUAUUACUUGCUUUGGAAUAGUAGUCCAGUUUUAUCUGUGAAGGAAGUAGGGGUAAUAAGAGAGUAGACACCAUCGGACACUCUGCGUAGUAAGGUGGUGUUAUGUGUAGGUUAUUUAUUAAGUAAAUUCUUAUAUUUAGUAUUUAAAUUUCGAAUUGAUGCAGGUGAGAGUUUAGUGCUGUCGUGAUGUUUUAUAAGGACAAGCUGUUAUCGCCAGCUCAGCUAAAACGCCUUAGCGACCAUAAAUACAGCUGUUCAAGUAUCAGCCUGGUUGACCCUCUUUUACAACCAUGGUGGAAUUGGCUAGUCAGCAAAACACCACUAUGGAUUGCCCCAAAUUUAAUUACCAUCUUAGGCCUAAUUGUGAACAUUAUAACAACGCUUAUCCUCGUAUGGUACAGUCCUGACGCAAAAGCAGAGGCACCGAGAUGGGCGUGUUUCGUCUGUGCUUUGGGUUUAUUUGUGUACCAAAGUUUAGAUGCAAUUGAUGGAAAACAGGCCAGAAGAACAGGCACGUCAAAUCCGCUUGGUGAAUUGUUUGACCAUGGCUGUGACUCCAUUUCUACAGUAUUUGUUGCAUUGUCAGCAUGUAUAGCUGUCCAACUGGGCUACUACCCAACAUGGAUGUUUUUCCAGUGUUUUUGUGCAAUGACACUUUUUUAUUGUGCACACUGGCAAACUUAUGUGUCAGGAACACUAAGGUUUGGCAAAAUUGACGUGACAGAAGCUCAGAUCUCAAUAAUCGUCAUUCAUCUGAUGUCAGCAAUAUUUGGCCCUAGUGUCUGGAUGAUGAAGAUUCCAUUUUUAGAGUAUUUUGAGCUGCGAUAUUUGAUAGGGCUGUUCUCUUUUGUGAUGGCAGUGAUAGUCACAUAUCGCAACUCUGUAAUCGUGUUUACUGGUGGGAUAGGAAAAAACGGCUCCACAUGUGCUCUGCCAUGGUUGGAUGUGGAACUAAAGCUAGUUCCAAUAUAUAUAGCUGUUCUGGUGGCAGCCCUGCUGGCCCAGUCCAAAGUCGCCAUCAUCAUAACUGGUGGUGUUGGCAAGAAUGGGUCAACUGUUGCCGGCACAAGUGUUCUGUCGCCUGUGAUUCCAUUCAGCUUGGUCAUUGUCCCAGCAUUCAUCAUCUAUAGAAAGAGUGUUGAACAUGUGUACGAGAACCAUCCUGCCCUCUACAUACUGGCAUUUGGUAUGGCAGCUGCCAAGGUUACCAACAGACUUGUGGUAGCACACAUGACGAAGAAUGAGUUGGAAUACCUGGACUCAGCUCUGAUUGGCCCAGCCAUGCUGUUCCUUAACCAGUACUUCAAUUUUUUUCUUCCAGAGUAUAUUGUACUGUGGCUGUGUUUGGUGUGGGUGAGCCUGGAUCUCCUUCGUUACUCAGCACAAGUGUGCCUCGAAAUCUGUGAUCACCUGAAGAUUAAGCUUUUCCGGAUACCUUACAGCAAGGCACCACCCUCUGCCUCCACCAUGUCAUUCAGCACACCUGCAGGAGAGAAAAAUGCUUCCCUGCUAUUGAGUUCAGUUCCAAGGAUGUCCAGCAGAGAGCAGCCUAUGCUGUAUGCAUCAUCACAUCAGCAUUUGCCUAUAUCAAAUGAUGAUGAAGAGAACCGAGUUCCACUGCUUGAUGCAGAACAUUCCUGAAGUUUGUCAUUUAUUAUCACACACACACACACACUUCCUUUUGCAACAUUUUUACAGAAAUUUAUCUGCUGCAGGAACAGGGACAAGAAAACUUAAGCAUUCAAACACUUCUAACUAUGAGGAAUGAGGAAAGUGAAGUCAGCUCUGUUUGCCGUUAUUGAUACACUGUUGUGUUGGUAGCUCUGGUUUGUAGCAGCCCUCUUAUAUCAUUUUUCAUGUAACCAAAACAUACAUAGUUUAAUACAUCGGCGUACCAUUUGCUUCGUGUUGCUUUUGUAUUUAAAAUAUCUGUACAACUUAAAAGUUUUAAAAUAAAAGCCUCAAAAUUAUUUAAAAACUUCAUAUGCCAAGUAAAUAAAUUUCAAUUUUUAUUCCUUCAUACUUCAGUUAUUGUGGUAGCUAACAUAAUUCACCCAGAUUGAUGUCUCAUAUCUGCCAUCAGAUUAUAUUAUGAAGGGUGAGCAUAAAUGUCCAUCAUAAAUUCAGUUAUGUUCUUUUAUGCGUUCCUACAAGUUCACACUUAAAUAACCCUGUAUUGUAAAGAGUGGACAUAAUUGACCCUUGCACCAUGAACAGUUAUGGUCUUUUGUGCUUUCCUAUAGAAUCACCCUUACACAACUCUGCAUUAUGUAGGCUGGGACUAAGUGGCCCUUGCCCUUAUUGGGGUCCUACUGCAGUCAGUAGGAUUUGCAGAAUAAUCUCUGAAAUGAUAACAUCUGAGUCAUAUGAGUUUCUUGUAGUUACAUAAUAUUUAAGGCUCUUUUCCCAUUUAUUGGAAUGUCUACUGCAGACUGAAUUAUCUGCUACACCCAGUUUGAAUAAGAGUCCCUAUCAGUGACAGGUUCCUGUUAAUAUUCCUAUCAUAUGUGAUUGGUUAUCUUCACUGUUUUGACAACAUCACUUCAUCCAUAGUAGGUACACCAGAAACCUUUGUUUCUAUAAUCACACCUGACAAAUGACAGAAAACUAAAUGAGGUAUGUGUCUGUUGGGGUGGAGGUGUGCACAUGUGGUACAGUGCUGCUGCCUUGUAGUUUUGGAGACAUAUACAGUUGGCAUAUUAACCUCUUUACUGCUCACAUGAGAUUCCAGAAGGUUUUGUGUUUUGGUAGUGAUGUCACUGAAGACAUUACUUUUUGAUGGAUAUGCCUAAAAUCAGAAUGUUAUCAGUUGCUUAAUAAAAAUGUUCGCAGUCAAAUGAAAAGACAUUGUGACAAAGUCAACAGUUAAAUGGUUGUCAUGAUUAGACUGUAGUCAUAUUUUGGAUAUGACAGCUGUUUUUGGUUGCCAGUCUAUUUUGAGAAAAGCAUGUAAAACUAAUUGCAAACAAAGGCUGUUUUAUCAUAGUACUGUUGAUUCAAAUAAAUUUCUCAUUGAAACAUUGUAUAACCAAACAUUUUGUGAUCAGUUCUGUGAGAAAUAGUGCAGUGAAUAAUAUGAUCUGUAGAAUGCAGUUUAUCGUGCUAUUUUUAGUGCUAUAUCUUGAGAGAUAUACAGUGUGUAACACCAAAUAUAGAUAUAUACCUUCUUCAAGUUGGAAUGAUGAAUAUGUCUGCCAUCAUAUAUUUUCAGUCUAUAUGAUGAAUGGAAUAAUGACAGUCAUUCUAUGCUGAAGCACAAAAUUAGCAGUAUUCUCAGUUCAUCGAUGUGCAGUAUUAUUCACUUCCAAGGCCUCUAUGGUACAUUCCAAAAAUGACUGACUUUGAGAGAUUAAUGUAUUUGAAGGCCGUUCAUCAUGGUAAGUCUGAUUUCAUAACCUCGUCAUUUUCAAUUGAUGGAAAUUAUGUGGCCACAACACAGAAAUGGUCAAGCUGUGACAAAGUAAAUUUAUGGGUAUGUCAGUCAUUUUAGAUCUGACAGGAUACUCCUUUUGUGAUCUUGCCUACUGAACCAUUAUUCAUUACAUUCAGUCAGCUGCCAGUCACUAUAUAUAUAUAACAUAUUUAAAAGCAUGAAAGUGGCACAUGGAUCAGAGAAUAGACAAAUUCAAUCUGCUGACCCCCACUUCAGAAAUGUUGUGACUUUUGUAUGGUGUAAGGUUGAGAAGUUCCCUGAGGUAAGAAUUCAUAGUGGUCUUCUUGGCUGUGAUAAUCACGUAGUCUGGUAGGUAGGGAAGAUGCCUCCAUCUUUAGGGUAGAUUUUUUACCCUGAAGAUGGAGGUGGUAUGUUCCUCCAAAACAUUGGUGCCUACCUGCAAACUACAUGGUAUCAUAACCCAGAAAACCGCAAUGUGAUCAUGCAUAUGAUAACUUUAUAUGCUUAAAAAAGAAAAUGCAAGAAAAUAUGACUUACAGCUGAGCUGAUGAAGGGAAUUUAAACCUGUUACAUAGUUAGAAGCUUCAUUCUAGAAUUCAGAACUAUGCAUAUACAAGAUGAUUCAGAAGAAUAUAUGGUUACUUCACUUGUAUGCUUAGAGAAUCACUUACAUUGUAAGAAUAUCAAGAAUAGUCUGUGGAAUUAGCUUCAUUAUAGAGUUACUUCAUUUCAAGCUUUUCCACAUGUAACUACAUAAAAGAAGAUGAAUGAGCAGAUGGUAGUGAUAGCAUAAAGUCCAUUGAAAUUUCAGUGGGAAAUUAUUGCAAUUUUCAACAUCAUACCUGGUCACAGUGUAUUUAUUUAACUGUGAUGUACUUUUAUAUAUGUUAUAGUCUUCAAGAGAUACUUUAAAAUCACUUCAUUGAAUAUGCACACUGUAAACUUGAAAAGUUUUGUUAAAAUGGCUACAUUUAUACUAAGAUACUGAACUUUAUGCAAUAAAACUAUACACAAAACAGUGCUCUUAUCUGGAUGUAUGCUAAGAACUUAUUUUGAUAAUGGUGGACACUGCAGUACUGACUCAGGAAUCAUUCCACCACCAUUAAUUGCUGCCAUCUUCUGCUCCUGUUUAUAAGUACUACCAUAACAUACAUAUCAGAACAGCAAGUGUUGGCAUUCUAUAUACAUGGAUUAUUACAACUGAAUGAGUCCAUUUGAGGAAUAUGGAGCACCACAGAGGUUACAGUGUAUAUUUACUUGCCCAUACACUCAGCACUACUGGCCUUUCAACUGGGAACUCUGUGCAGAAAACUGUGGACCACCAUCAUUGUUCCUGAACAUUUUUCAUUCUGAGCAUGAAAGUGAUGUAUUUAAGUACUUGUCUGAAUCAUUCUCCACCUGCUUUUUGUUACCAUUAUCUACUAAAUGUUUGUGGGGUGAAGCUUACAGUUUCUUUGUUGCCAGAUGUCAGCAUGAACUAUUACUGACAUAUUUCCUUACUACAAUAAAUUCUUAUCAAUACUUGCCUUGAAUACUGAAUUCGUGCCAGCAGCUGUCUUAGGCAGUGGUUGCUUUCUAAAAUUUUUUUUUGAAACUGAAAUUUCCCAAAGAGUUCAUUAACAAGGAAUUGGAAUACAUGAUCUAUAAAUUUCAUUUUAAAAGUCAGAAAUAAUUACAAUGCAAAACUUUAUUCUAAAUUUCACUUCUACAACAAAUAGUUCUUGAGUUUUGAGAUUCUAAUGGUAGUAAAUAUUAGGAGUAAAGUGUUGUGGAAUGUGACACCAUGUAGUUUGGAAGACAGGUACCAGAUGUUCUGGAGGUACUUGUUGCCUGAUUUUCAAGAAAAAAGACACAAGUAGUGAAUGUAAAAGAAAAACAGACACAAUGAAUAAGAUGAUGGUAACAAAAUAUCUUGAGUUAAUAGCAGAGUGGUCAGAAUUACUGGGUUUUUGGACUGUGCUCAUUGUCUGUUAUUCUAAAAAUCACAACGUUUCAGAAACUGGAGCUGUUU